AGUAGCUAACCUUAUCAAACCUUAGCUUAGCCGCCGAGCCAGGUACUGCAGCGCCGUCAGCCGAAAUGUUGCCCACAUGAGAGCAGCUGCCAGGCCUCAUAACAAAGUCGUAGGAGAUCUCAAUAAACACACAAGGAAGGCAAAGGGCCGAGUCCGAAUAGGAACUCAAGUGUGGCCAGUGUUACAGGGAUGUGGGAUUCUGAGAAAGUAGAAGCAGAGGAGUUGUCUGUUUCAUCAGGACAGCAGCCAGAGCCGUUUGUAAUUCUGCAGAUCCCUGCUAAGAAUUAUCAGUGUCCUCUGACAGGGGAAACUCUCCCCGUGUGUGGCUCAGUGCAGGAGGGAGAGGGAGAGAAAGCAGGAGGAGCACACGAGAUAAUGGAACACUCUGUGGCGCAACAGAACACCUGUGCAGCACCGAGGAGGAGCCAGCCUCUUGUGGAGACAGUAUCCUUGCUGUGUAGUAAUGCAACACAUCAACAGGCAUCCCGUCAGACAGGUGAGACAGAACACCCAGCCACAUUCAAACAAAACUGUGGAUCAGACUUUUCCUUGUCUGGAGCAGAUGCUGACCUGGACCAUGACUAUGACCCUGAUAUUAACAAUGAUGGUGACCUCCAGAGCUCAUGCUCUUUCUCCUGUCAGCAGUGUCAAAGGCGAUUUAAUAGCAGACCAAGCCUGGAGCGGCACUGCACAUCCUGUCACAAACGCAUGUUCAAAUGCCGCCACUGUCGAAAGGGCUUCAGCACACAGUUUGGCCGACGGCGGCAUGAGAGAAGACAUGAUAACAUGAAAAGAAGGAUGGGUCGAUUUAUGAUUAGGCCAUUUCUAAAGGGUGAGCGAGAGACUGACAGGGUGGUCUCUUCACAGGAGAGACAUCACAGCUCCCAGCCAGUCACAAAUUCUCCCAUGCCUGAUUCAAAACGAAGAGGUGACUCAGAUGGAGGUAGAGAGAAUAAAACUUCCUUUGUCUGCAAGUACUGCAAGAAAGCUUUUGGGACUCGCACUAGUUUGCGAAGACAUGAACGCAGGAUACAUGAGCGUCAUCUUCUACCCAGAGGUAUCUGCCAGAAAGUCAUAAGUUUUGAAGAGCCUGGUGGUGUGUCAGACACCUCUUCAACUGCCAAUAUAUUGCAUGAGGAGGAAGGUGAACAGGAGCAGGAAUAUAUGGUUGACAUCUCCAGCAACAUCUCUGAGAACCUCAGCUUCUACAUUGAUGGGAAAGUCAUCUCCACCAGUGCAGUCACUAACUGUGAAAUGAUGGAAGUGAAUGCUGGUGCUGCUGUGAUUGGACUUGAUGCCUUGAUUAUCAGCCCAGGUCAACUCACACAGGCUCUUAAAAUAGAGACUAAAGACUGUGGCUCAACCUCUGACUUCCCUGGUCAACCAUCUGGCAGAAGGAGGACAUCAACUCCACCACUUCUGCCACAAAUAAAAACUGAACUGGAAUCAGAAUCUAUCUUGACAACAUCUUCCUCCUCCUCGGGAGCUACACUGAUUGGCACUGUUCUUCCCCAGCCUUUAGAGAGCACUGUUUUACAAAAAGAAAAAACUAUCUAUUUGUCCCCCAAGCUAAAGCAGCUUCUACAGAAACAGGAAAGCAACAAGUCCACCUUUGCUUUCAUUACUGAGGGCCAAAAACUUCUCCCACCUUUAUCAUUAGCGCUUUUACCUUCAUCAUCCAACAGGUUUAAGAGAAGGACAAUGUCCCCUCCCAACUCACCACAGCAAAGCAGUGUGUCAGGGUCGAAAACUACAAUGACACAGGAAGGAGUUUCUUUAGCCCCUAAACUGCCGAAGAUGAAUAGCCUUCAUGGGUCUCCUGUAACAAGCUUAUGUAAGAAAGAUGAUGUGGAAACUGUAAAUCCAGCUACAAAUGACACUGCUGCUGAUCAGCAGGUUUUGCCACUGGACUGCUCUGCAUCAGGAACUGGUGGAAGGUCGUGUAACCAACAGCCGCUAGAUCUCUCCAGUACUGUGGGUAAAAAAGACGGUGAGAUCUUGGCUGAGGGAGUUCUGGAUCUGAGCAUGAGCAGAAAGAGUACAGAGUCUGACGUAACAGGAGGUUCAACCUCCCAGAUACCAAUCAGGCGCACUAAACCCAACUCGGACAUGUUGGAGAAAGUCUUGCUAAACCAGUACUCUGGUGUAGAUGUCCCAACAGCAGUAGAUGCCGGGCUUCUCAGUGCUCCUGUAGUAACAGAUCUUGCUGUAAUGGCUGUGGCCGAAGCAGUUCCUGCUAACCCUGAAGGGAUUAUGUUUGAGCUGUCUCUGCCCUCUCCUGCUGUAGUGCAAACAACCCCUCCUGUACUGAGUCCUGCUGUACUGCGUGCUGCCCCUCCCACCUCACUGCCGAAUGAGGUAUUUGCAUCAGUGCCAACAUCCAUACCUAAUCACGAGCUUCACCCUCUCUGUUCCACUGUUCAGUCCCCCAUACCUGUGGUGCCCUCCACAACUGUAGAAGUCUCUGCUGAAAAUUCUUUAGCUGCUUUUAAUGUGUCACUUCCAGACUGGCUAAAUUCUGCCCCUGGAGGUAUGACCCAUACUCUUAUACCCACAACCCCAUCUUUAAGUUUACAAGGUUCUCAGUUUCUCACAGAUCAGUCUGUAUGUGAACUAGCACAAAGAGCCUUGGUGGUAGAUUCUGUCUUGUCACCUGAAGCUCAUAUAUUUUCUCCUUCCCUGUCGGUAAACCAGUCAAACAUCACCUCCCUGAGUUUCCCUCCAAAUGUCAUUGUUAUUGAGUACACAGUUGCACUUGAGUCCUCUGAUGCGUCCCCUGUUCUUCAGGCUAAUGCUGUUCACUCCCUCCCUGACCAACCACCACUGGCACAGGCUGACCCACGAGAGCUCCAUUUCUCACCACAGCCACAGGCUGCUACCAUUGGGCCAGUAGCUCCAGACCAGGCACAGGCUGGCAACAUUGCAUGUUUGGUUCCAGAAAUGGCUUUGUCCUCAGCCACUUCUGCAGUCCCAUUAGAGAAGCCUGCAGCUGCAGUGCCUCAUGGUAUACAUACUCCAGAAACAACAGAGACCAAACUGGAGCCUACAGACAGCUCGGCCUGCUCUGAUCAUCUUGAAACAGAGAUCUCAAACAAAUCUGCACAGGAUAAGCCUCUGAGUGAGGACCUAUCUCCUCUGCCUCCCCUCUGUAAGCGCUUUAUGUGUAAUGCAUGUGAUGAGCCCUUCCUGUCAAUGAAAGGUCUGAGUCAGCACAUCAGUGAGCACUCAGAAUCUUGGCCAUAUAAAUGUGAGUUUUGUGUGCAGCUGUUUGAGAGCGACACUGGCUUAUUGGAGCACCGCUCCAGUUAUCAUGGUAUUGGUAAAAUCUAUGUCUGCAGAAUAUGUUCCAAAGAGUUUGCUUUUCUUUGCAAUCUAGAGCAGCAUCAUCGAGAUGUGCAUCCUGGCCAAGAAUGCUCUCACACUGAAGUAGAAAAUGGUAAAUUAAGACCUGAAAACCACAAUAGUCCUGUAAGGGUGGACACUGUUUCCCCAGUGUCCCUGACAAAAGGCAAAAAUCACCAGUCCUACAUCUCAUCUACAAAAGCAGAGGAUUUUACGGAGUCUGAUAACACUACUGAGGAGUUGUACACCACCAUCAAGAUCAUGGCAUCUGAAGGGGUCAAACCCAAAGGUACAGACGUUCGACUCGGUAUUAACCAGCAUUAUCCAAGUUUUAAGCCACCUCCAUUUCCAUACCACAACCGAACACCAGCUGGAACAGCAGCUGCUACGGCUACAAACUUCACCACUCAUAAUAUUCCACAGACUUUCAGCACUGCCAUUCGCUGCACCAAGUGUGGCAAGAGCUUUGACAACAUGCCUGAAUUGCACAAGCACAUAUUAGCCUGUGCUAAUGCAAGUGACAAAAGGCGCUACACUCCAAAAAAGAACCCCAUACCACUCAAGCAGUUUGCAAAAGCCCAGCAUGGUGUUCUGUCACCUGCUAAGGGAGUCAACAGUAGGCAGAAUGUCUCUCAGAAGGUUGGACAGCCCAAAAAACCCAACUGCCCUGAGCCAGUGGCUAAGGUGAAACUGAAUGCACACAGUAAGAAGAAAUCUAUGUGGGUGCAGAGAGGCAGGACUGUGGGGAGAAAAGGUUCACAGGAUGAGCUGGGGGUUUAUGUUUGUCCUUAUUGUAGCAGGGAGUUUACUUACCACACCAGCCUGAAGAAACACAUGACUGUCACCUGUCCCAUGAAGCCUGUCUGCAGGAAGCCCAAAAAGAGAAAAGGCAGCAUGACACUAGCGCAGGAGAACAACGGAAGCAUCCGCACACGUACAGCAGAUGUAAUGAUGAAACCACGACGGUCAAACCAAGGACAGAAAACCUUAACGAAAGCACAGAUCAGUGUGUCUGGUUCAGCCAGCGAUGAGUGUCUACCACUUAAAGCUCACAUUGGCAAAGGGAAAAUUACUGUGCAUAAUUUUAGGCCUAAAAGGUCUGACAUUCUGUCAACUUCGGUAGUUCACAUCAGCAGAAAAAACAAACCCAUUCUAAUGGAAGGCAUUCAGUCACCGCUAGUCUCAAACAAAUCUCCUGCAACACAAGGAAAACUUCAGCAGACUGGCAUUAGGGUGCAGGGCAUUGGGAGGGAACUUAAGCAUAGAGAGGUAGGGGUGAAUCCACUGCCGAUGGCAGAGCAACAGUUCUCUCUGAGAGUGAGAGAAAGGACUGGUGGCCCCGUUACUCGCAGUUUACAGCAGGCUAAUACAACUAACAGAAAGGGUGUCACCAUCACUCCAAUCAAACACCCAGGCCAGACAGACAGAACGAACAUCAGUGAAUUCCCAGUAGUUGUAGAGUCAAACGAAUAAGUCAAAAUACAUCUUCUUAAAAACAGACAAAAAGGUUUUAAUGAAGCUCUUGCAUAUAAUCUCAAAGUUAGGUUUUUACCUGUAAAUAUGAACCACAGAAAGUGAUGUGAUCUUUUUAAUUGAAAACUGGCAUUAUAAAGUGAACUCUGAAUGUAGAAUGAUUGUGAAUUAGUUUUGUUAAAUGUGCUGCUAAUAGAGUGCCCUUUGAACCAGGACUCUUUAUUUAUCACUGAAAAAUUGUCUCUCCACUGGAAUGUAGAGUAACUUUUUUAUAUGAUUAAAAUUUGGGAUUUAACAAUCAUAGAUGUCAUGACAUACAAACAUCCAUAACCAAUUAACGUCUAUAAUAUUGGUUGUUACAAACUAGUGAUUUUAUUUAUGGCCCAUGAGGUACCCCUGUACUGCACAUGUUGGUGCUUUCCUUGGAACGCAUCUGACUCAAUUCAUCAGCUAAUUAUGAAGCCCUUCAUGACUUUGAAUUUGGGGCACUAGAUGAGGGAAAAAUUAAAUGUGCAGUGUAGAGUUGCUUGAGGAUUUAGAAACAUUUUCUAAACCUCUUUUAAAGAUUUGUUCAUUGUUGAGGUAUUUACAUAGAAAAUGCCCCCAAAUUAACUGUUUUAACCAGUUAUAAUCAAAAAAGCACCCCACAUCACACCAGUUCCUUAUAGUACUUUUGUAGCAAUUUGCUGCACCCAUAUUAGUAAGCCUACUAAAUGAACAGACAUCAGUCUGCCAGAACAUAACUACACACAAUGUAGAGGGUAUUUUUACCCCAAAAUGCUAGUUAGCUGGAAGCUAGUUGGCAUAAGAUAUUAUGAUUUCAUUUGCAUAUGAAACUGGCCCACUAUGGGUUUUUAAACAUUAGUAACAACAUUAGCAUGUUUUGUAGGAUUGGAAGUAUUCCUUUAAAUAUUAAUAUUUCUAUAAAUAUGUAUACAGUGUUAUCAUACAAAUGAGGGUCCUCAGCAGAUUUUCAUAAGGCAUGUCAAACAAAUGUUCAUCUGUGCUCCAUUGUCUGUAUUAAUCCUAACACCCCAAGAUGCUUCAUGAAUUUCAGUCAUGGAAAGUAUUCAAAUGUUUUACAGGCUUGAUUACAAGAGAGUCAUCUUCUCUCUGAACAUGCUGGAGACCUAUUCCCAUGUGCAGUAACAAUAACGAACCAGCCACAGGCUGGAUUAUUACUGCUUCUCAGUCAAGAGUGUUUUCACAUCUAUAGUCUUGGUGAAAUUCCAUUUGAGAAUGCUAUUUGUUUUGUAUAUCUUUAUUAUGCACUUUAUAGGUUGCACAAUUUCUUGUCAGACUAGUUGCAAUACUAGGCUAUUGGUAAAUAAUUUCAGUAAUUUAUUAGUGUAAUGAUUUAAUGUUAUUCAAAAGAAAGCUAUGUAUAUUCCUUAUUUUGCAGGUUGUGUGUUUUAGUUGAUUGAUAUGCUAUAACUGAUGUUCAUGUUCAUACUUGUUAAUGUGUCAACUGGUAGAUUUGUUUUGCUAUAGUCUAGUCUCCCAAUUGGGUCAGGUUAAUGCAUGCUAAGGUCUCACUGAAAAUUAAAGAGUGAGCAAAAAUGUUGUCAGCAUGCCACCUAAGAUACUGCAUCACUACAGAAAUGUAUAUCAUUGUAAAUGGUAAGAAACUUGCAGUCUGUUCUGAGACGACAUUUAAGACUAAUUUUAUUGCCUGUCAUUUGGAUGAAUACAGAUUAUUCUUUUAAAAAUUAUUUAUUUAGAGAUUUAAUCCCACUGUCAAAGCAGAUUUUCUCAUAUCAAGAAGCAAAUGACUUGUAUUGAUCUGGCUGUUCAUGAUGACAUCAGAGAAAUGAAAUGUUUUGGUAAUGUUCUAAAGUUGGGAUGUGUUACAGACUCAGUGGUUAUGAUUUGCACAGUACUUUUUUAAAGAAUAUUAAAUAAUUAUGAUUUUGUCAGCUAUAUUGUUAAUACUAUUUGGAAACAGUGUGCAAGAAAAGCUUUAAAGGUUUCUGAAGAAAAUGUUUAGCUUUGCUGAUGUAAUCUGCUUUAACAUUAAGUGGAUACAUCAGAUUGGUUUUUAAUGCAGGGUAUUCAGUAAAAUUACCAGGGCUGAAUGGAGUUGAAAAUGUUUUCUGAAAAUAGAUUAAGCCUGGUUUAAAUUGAUUAAUUAAGUGUGUGUUUUUGAUAAAGUCCUAAACAGAUCAGGGCUAGGGAUAAUUGUUAUCAAUGUGCAAACGAGUGUUCUUGCAGUUGUUAACUGGAUCAGCUCCAUGGGGUUAUUCUGUAGGGGCACUUUGAAACUGAUGGUUUUACAAUGUACUAAGAGAUUAUAAUACAUUUUGAAGAGUAAAUUAACAGUGACAACAGUUAUUCAAGUAUGUUUACAUUGUGACUGAUCAAAAAGGGUAUUACCAAAGUCUGUUUAGUUUAAAUUAAACUAAAAUGAAAUUAGAAUAUGAUCAAAGAACAUCAACAUGGGAAUAUAAUCCAAUAUACACACAUACACAUGAUUUAUUAUUAUUAAACUGGAAUUCAGUAACAUUAGUUGGUGUAUGUAUUGGAACUUCUUACCUGCAGGUGAAAUGACUGUCAUUUCACAGAGAAGAUACUUUAUUCUAAGACUAAAUUGUUUAAUUUUAAAAAACACUUUUUGCACCUUGUAAAUCAGCACAAAUCAUGAAUCUUAAAUGUCUGCACUUUCUUGCCGGUCGAACUACCAGCCUGAGACCAUGACUCUCAUGUACUGGGCCUGAGGGUAAAAGCUGUGAACAGAAGGGAUUUAAAAUUCCCAAUUUACAUGAAACGUGAUUGUGGAAAACUAUGUGAUGUUAACAUUAAAAACAUGUCUAUGUUUAAGCCUUAGUGCAAUUUUUGAAAUGCCAUGCUAUGUAUGUUGGAAUAAAUUGCUCUGUGAAAAAUGUU